UGUCGUUUGUAUGCCAUUUCCCAAUGACUAUUGAAAUUGUUUUAUUAUGUUUAGCUAUAUAUGUAUGUUCUCAUUUCUUAUAUAUACUUUUAUAUAUACUCAUAUAUUCUUAUAUGUGCCUUUAUACCACAUGCCUGCAGCAUGUGUCAUUGAUUUCAAAACAUACUGACAUGAAUACAGGAACAGUAUGUAAGAUAUGUUCAUGUUUUUUGCUGCAUAUUCAGAAUAGACUUCAUUUUUUGUUUUUAUCCUUGUAAUAACUUGGCAUUUGAGCUAAAAGAUAUUUUUUUAAAUGGUCAUCAUGCAUGAUGAGGAAUAUUAUCGAAGCAGAGUGCCCGAGCCGGAUUUGGGACCACUCAGGAAUUUUAUGCGAUUCAUUUGGAAUCCCGACGCGAGGACAUUGCUUGGUAGAACGGGAAAAGAAUGGGGUCUGCUAGGAGUUUUCUACUUGGGCUUCUUCAGUGUACUGGGCUCCAUUUUCGCGUUGCAGAUGUGGAUUAGCAUCGACUACGCUUCGAAGUUGGACAAACCGUUCUUCUUGUAUAGCGGUGUAGUUUCCAGGUCCUAUUUUGGCAAUAAUUUUUCUCUCUUCCGUCAUCUGGAUUUCGAAAGCCCAGGAAUUAGCUUCAAACCGAAUGUUUUGCUGCCCACCGCGUCUCCCAUCAUUUGGGUGGACAAAUCGAGCGUGAACGUUCGACCGGCGAGAUACGUAGAGACUUUAACUGACUUUUUGCAAGAGUAUAACAAAAGCAGGAAUAACUACAAGAUAACCGCGGAGUGCAGCGACGAGACGUCGAGCACGCCCAACGUAAAGCCGUGUUUCUUUGACAUCGAGAGCCUUGGUGUUUGUGGGAAACCUCCAUAUGGAUACACGGAUCCGUUACAGCCGUGUAUUCUCAUUAAGUUUAACAAAAGGUUUGACUGGGUACCGAUACAUUACAACAAAUCCUCUCAAUUGCCUGAGAACAUACCAUUUGCUUUAGAAAAGACUAUCCGAUCUUCGAGCAAACUUCAAAUUUGGUUGUGGUGCGACGGAGCAAGCAACGUUGAUAAGGAACACGUCGGUGAGAUUGAAUACAUACCGAGUGCCGGCUUUCCCGUAAAGUAUUUUCCGUUUAUGGGACAACCGGAUUAUUUGUCGCCGAUGGUAGCGCUGCAAUUCAAAAAUAUCACACCGGGUAGAUUGGUGACGGUGGAAUGCAGUUUGUGGGCGCUCAAUAUCAACGUAGAUCGGCAGAACGCGUUGGAUUUCCAAAUCAUUCUGGGAGAGUCGUGAAAUCGCGGUGAGUUGGCGACUAUAUUUAUAUUUCUCAGGCACUUAUCAAUGAGAUUAUAUAUUUAAUAAGACGCUAAGAAAGCGAGACGAAGAAUAAUUAUUCUUCGUUAGAAAUUCGAAUAAUAUUCUCGUCACCAAUGAUUCCUUUAUUAUCUUGUAUCGUGUUACAUUAACAAUACAAUCGAAUGUAGAACAUCGGUGCAGAACAUCGUGAACAGAGAACGUAAUAUCAGAGGUAUAUAUAUAUAUGUAUAUUUAUAAAAAAAUGGGGUAUUAUUAUCAGUAAUAAUGAUAAUUUCUGCAAAUUUAAUCGAUGCAACAUCGUGAACGCAUAUCCGGAUUCCGAGACAGUGAAAAACGUAACGUGUUUCUCUCGGGUUCGUCCUUACGAAAUAUCUCAAGUGAAUCGAGAGCGCUGACUCACGCUUUCGAUUCUGCUGACGGAGUAGCGGAUCGAAAUCAGAGCUUCAUACAGUUUUAUUAAUACUUUUAUUACAUGAACGAUAAAAUGGUAAAUGAAGCUUCGUUUAUCGACAGACGUGCGACUCGAUGCAUGAGAGAAUUGUGCUAAACAGAAAUAAACGAUUGCACUUCUCGUGUCUUGUCCUUUAAUCCGAAAUGGGCAAUUUUCUCCAGAAUUUAGAUGACGAUGAAGAAGGAAAUAAAGGACAGAAAAUAGAAGGAAGAAUGAGAGAGAGGGAGUAAGAAAGAUAUAGAGAGAAAGAUAAAAAAAGGAUAGAAAGGAG